AUGAGUAGUACUGAUGAACGAUUUAUUGACAAUAAUUUCAACCAACAACAUUUAUCGUCUCCUGUCAAAUCAAUAUCCUCCGUGGAUAAUACAACUGAUACCCCACCACUGUUUACUUUAGAACAACAAAAACAAUCACAAGAAAAAGACAUUUCUAAUCAAUUAAAUUUUUUUCAAAGGCCGCAAACACCAUUUGCACUUUAUAACACAGGAAAUACUAAUAACACCAAUAACAAUGAUAGUACUCCUUUUAUGCCCAGCACUCCUCCUGGGUUGAUGAAUUCCAUUUUGGAAAGUGAUCAAGAAGAGGAUGAUGAAAUAUAUUAUCAACCUCCACCUCAAUCUAAAAGAUCAUCCCUUAUUUUUAAUUCAAACGGACCUAUUAUACCAGUAACUAAUAAUAAUAAUAAUAAUAAUAAUAAUAAUAAUAAUAACAACAAUUACAAUACUUCUGCAAAUAAUAGUCCAUUUUAUAAACAAGGAAAUAAUUCCUCUGGUAAUUUAUUGACUAAUCCGAAAUUUACAUUUGGUGCUUCUAAUACCCCUGUAAAUAGUAAUAUGGGGUCCGGUGAAUCUAGAAGAAAUUCUAGGUACAUUCCCGGUCCUCGAUUACCUUUUUCUGCACGUUCUAGCAAAUCCCCUGUAAGACAAAACGCAAGAUAUAGUUAUUCUCCGGAAAGAAAUAGUGCCAAUAGUGUAACUAGUAACAACAGCCAAUUAGAAGGACCAUUCAACUUUCCUUCCCUAAAUUUAAGUGCCUCUUCACUGCAACAAAUAUUUCCUCAACCGCCCCCAAAACUAUCUGUUGCAGUCGGUACUGGCGAUCGUGCAUCUUUCCGUAAGGGACAUAGGUAUAAACAUUCCUCUGUUUCUAUGAAUUUUUUCCAAGAACCGGAAGUUAAAAUUCCAUUAAACAUUGCUAAAAGUUUGCCAAUACCUGAUUUUGAAGACUUAAAAAAAAACUUGAUUUGGCCUAAAUCUCACAUACAAAUAACACUAACAGUAUUGGAAGCCUGUUGUUGUUUAAUAACUUUCCAACUUGGUCAGAUCUAUCAUUGGAAUAAUUUCACCACCUUGUCACAUUUUAUAUUAUAUGACGUUUUAGGCGCAAUAGUCAUCAUCCUGGUGGAUAUAUUACAACAAUUUGAGGUUUGGAAUCAAGGCACCAUUACUUUCCCCUUUGGCUUAAAUAGAUUAGAUGUCAUCCUAAGUUUUGCUCAGGCUAUAACUUUUUGUUAUGUUGGUUUGGAUUUGUUUUUCCAUAUUUUGGAGGAAGUUUUGGUGGAACUAUUGGAAACAAAAAGUCACCACGAAGAAAUUGAUAAUAAAAUUCCACACUCACACCAUAAUGAAAAUUUGAUUGUUUCAGAUAAAGACUUCCCCAUUUGGUAUUCCAUUUUGCUAGUAACUUUAAUUCUUGCCGUUUCAAAUUAUUUGAAAACCUUUCAAGUUGCCAAAAAUAAAUCCAAAACCAAUAACCCAUUGAUUACAUCCUCCUACAUUAUAUACUUAUUAUUUUAUCCACUUUUCCCGUCUUUAAUUAUAGACCAUAUUUCUACAGUUUUGAUGGCAUUUUUGAUUUUCGUUUAUGGUUUUAAAAUUGCUAAAUGGACAUCCAAAAUUUUACUACUAGGGUUCCAGCCACCUCAAUAUUCACUUGAAAAUAUCCAUGGAAACGACUAUGCAAAUGUUUUAAAAAUAUUCGAUAACUUAAAUAGAGAAAUUGUUCAUUUACCUGCAUAUUCAUCUAACUCCAAUAUUAAAAAUUUCCAAGUUUUUAAAGUUAAUUUUAAUAUGUAUGUAGUUUUACUAAAGUUGGAAAUGGUUGGUGGAUCAGAUCAACGAGAAACAGAGUUACGAAUCUCUAUAGAUAAAUUGUUAAGGAAUUUGCUAGCCCCUAAUAAUGACUGCAUUGUAGAAUCUACUAUAGAAAUAUCAUUAUUGUAA